CAUGCUCGAAUUACACAGCCACCCAAAGAUGUUGCCGUUCUGGAUGGCGACGAUGCUCUCUUCUUCUGCGGUGUCGAUGGCAGUCCGACGCCCAACGUCAACUUUUUCCUUGACGGCCAACCUGGUCGCCUCUCCAACGACAUUGGAAAGAUUGUGCCCGUCGCGGGUGGAAGCCUCUUGCGCCUUUUCAAGGUCUCCUCCAAGCAGAAUGGCCUGAAAAUUGAAUGUCUUGCCAGUAAUCACGUUGGCAAUGACCGAUCAUCCGCGAAUCUUAAAGUCUACAAGUACACCGAUGUCUUUUUCGUAACUGGACUGAAGGAUUGCGUUGAGCUGAGAUAA